GGGCAAUUAUAAAAAAGCAAUAUCGAAUUUUCACGAGCAGUUCCAACUGAUUCGUUCUCGUCGAGCUGAUACCGCAAAAGGAAAUCAACAUGUUCUUCAAAGAAUUAGUUUUACUUACGCUCUCAGUUACACUAGUAUUGGCUCAAAUCGAUGAAGGUCUUCAAAGAGCUGCCGCCCCAAUUGAAGGUUUGGCCAGAGCAGUAGACUCCCUUAUACCGUCAUUCAAAGCACAACCGGCGAAACGCCAGGCGGAUCUCGAAGAGAUGAAGAAGCGCGCUUCAUCGGUAGAAGAAGCCGCCGAAAUGCGUGAAUCAGAAAUCGAGGAAGCGAAGAAACGGGACGUCGAGCCGCAAGGUAUAGAUAGGAAGAAACGCGAAGCCGGAUUUGGCAGGGGAUUGAGGAAGAGAGACGCUGAUGAUGCGGAGACUCGCGAUGAUAGCUUGGACAGUAAAGAGGCCAGGAAGAGGCAGCAGAGUAUUGAGCCGGAAAAACGACAGGGCAGCUUAGAGGAUAGUCUUGAGCAGGCUGAUCCUGAGCCAAUAGAGACAGAACUGAUACCGCAGAAGGAAAUCAACAUGUUCUUCAAAGAAUUAGUUUUACUUACGCUCUCAGUUACACUCGUAUUGGCUCAAAUCGAUGAAAGUCUACAAAGAGCUGCAGCCCCAAUUGAAGGUUUGGCCAGAGCAGUAGACUCCCUUAUACCGUCAUUCAUAGGACAACCGGCGAAGCGCCAGGCGGACGAUGAGGUCCAGAAGCGUCAGGAGGAUCUCGAAGAGAUGAAGAAGCGCGCUUCAUCGGUAGAAGAAGCUGCCGAAAUGCGUCAAUCAGAAAUCGAGGAAGCGAAGAAACGGGAAGUCGAGCCGCAAGACAUGGAUAGGAAGAAACGCCAAGCCGGACUGGGCAGGAGAUUGAGGAAGAGAGAUGCUGAUGAUGUGGAGACUCGCGCUGAUAGCUUGGAGAGCGAAGAGGCCAGGAAGAGGCAGCAGAGUAUUGAGCCGGAAAGACGGCAGGACGGCUUAGAGGAGUAAAAAAAACUUUGGUAAUUACGAGAUUUAAUUUUAAUUAAAUCGCGACGCCAAACGAUUCGAAGCCACGCUAAACAUCACCAGGAAAAUCCAAUAAUUGUUUAAAAUAAAUUUCGUUUGUUACAAAUUAAAAAGCUGGUUUUAUUUUCGCAAAAA